ACGACUGACAGAUAUUAAAUACAGCGCUUGCCUUACUGUCUGACAUCAGGUCGAUACCACCUGGUAGAUCUCUCUCGGUGCGCCAAAUGGGACGAGACUAGAACCCAGCAGGUCAAUCAUCCACAUGACGCUUCAAUGAAUCCACUUUGAUUAAAUGGACGCUAUUUUCUGCCAAAUAUGACAAUAUCGGUACAUCCUCAAAAGUUUGAAUUGAGGUGGUUGGAAGUUAAUUUGAACACGAACACCCCUGAAGAGAGCGAAUAUUCCCGAGACUGCAGGGUGUUUUUCGCUAUGGUUGAUCGGCACUGUAGAUGACAGUAAGCGCUUCCGCAUCGACCCGUAGCGUGCUGUCAUUGCGGGAGAAUGAAUAACGCAAAAUGUUGCAUAUUAAAUCAAACACCAAGGAGACUAACACGGAUUAUACAAUGUAUCUAUGUGGUGGGGUUCCUGGACCUGUUUGGGGUGAGCUUGAUCAUUCCCCUGCUGAGUCACCAUGUCAAGGCCCUUGGGGCCAGCCCCACCGUGGCAGGCUUAGUAGGCUCCACAUAUGGGAUCCUACAACUCUUCUCUAGCACUAUAGUUGGCAGCUGGAGUGACGUGGUCGGGAGGCGAUACUCUAUGCUAAUGUGUCUGCUGCUGAGUGCUCUGGGCUACGGCCUGCUGGGUAUGUCCACCAGCAUCGCCCUGUUUCUCCUGGCUAGGAUCCCUGUGGGGCUGUUCAAGCACUCCCUGUCCAUCUGCCGGGCCCUGCUGUCUGAUCUGGUGUCUGAGGAGGAGCGCCCCCUCGUGAUGGGACACUUCAAUGUGGCCUCCAGCAUGGGCUUCAUGGUGGGACCCAUGGUGGGGGGCUACCUCACUGAACAUGACGGAGGCUUCUACACCGCAUCCUUCACCUGUGCCGCCAUCUUCCUCCUCAACGCAGGUCUAGUUUGGCUGCUUCCCUGGAGCGAUACACUAACCCCACGCACCGAUGCUAACUCCAACAGCAGCGCUAGCAAUUCCAGCUGCCACGACAACGACAACCCCUUCGCCUCAACACAGCAAAACUUCUCCCAAGGCAACAGCGACAACCAAACGACAGCGUCGGCGGCAGCGGUCACGGGAUCCGUGGCUCCAGAGAAGAACCAGAGGAGCUGGAACUGGGAUCUGGACUGGGGGGAGGUGUCCCUGCUCCCUUCUGCCUGGCGUCAGCUCUCUUCGGUGGGCUCCAAGAUUAGCAGUGUGGCCUCCUCAGACAUGUGGGACCUGUUCCUGGUGCGUCUGCUCAUGGCCAUGGCCAUAAUGCUGUACUACAGUAACUUCUCCCUGGCCAUGGAGGAGCGCUUCAUGCUGAAGCCCAAAGCCACAGGUUAUGUAAUCAGCUACAGCUCUACCCUGGGGGCCCUAGCCGGGUUCUUGGUGGGACCCAUCAAUAAACUGUACGGUAAAAACAUGUCGGCGCUGUUGCUACACUCUUCGGUCCUCACGUGUUGCCUGAUCCUGCUCUACGCCGCAGCGCCCAGUGUCUGGCACGUGUUGUUAAGUUCCACUUUCAUCGCCAUCUCUACAACCAUCGGACGCACCUGCAUCACUGACCUGGUACUGCAGAAAGGGGGCGCUCACGCCAGCGGCACACUCAUCGGGGCGGGGCAGUCAGUGACCGCGGUGGGGCGCGUGCUCGCACCCCUACUCUCGGGGCUGGCCCAGGAGUUUAGUCCCUGUGGGCCCCCGAUUCUGGGGGUAGGACUGGCGUUAGCGGGCGUCGUCCUGCUGUUGGUCAGGGUGCCAAAAUGGGAUGAGAGGGGCAAGAGGAAAGAGGCAUAACUCUGAGUCACUCACAGUGAGAGAGUGAAUGAAUGAGAGAGUAAAUGAAUGAGAGAGUGAAUGAAUGAGAGAGUGAAUGAAUGAGAGAGUGAAUGAAUGAGAGAGGGUCAAAACUAAAGCACUGGAGACAGAACUGAUGCAGAAAUGUUGGGGUUGGGUUUUGUUGACGUGUCAGCUGGGGGUGUUUCAUUGUUCGUUUUUUUAGCCACAACUCCUGCUCUGUUGGUUGGGUCUCGAUGUGAUGACAUCACAGCACCGAUAGGACCCAUGUCAUCAUCAGCAUCGCUCUUCCCCCCACUUCAGUCCCCCAAACAGACCGGGUCAUCAUCAGCAUGGCUAUUCCCCCCACUUCAGUCCCCCAAACAGACCGGGUCAUCAUCAGCAUGGCUAUUCCCCUCACUUCAGUCCCCCAAACAGACCGGGUCAUCAUCAGCAUGGCUAUUCCCCCCCUUUCAGUCCCCCAAACAGACCGGGUCAUCAUCAGCAUGGCUAUUCCCCACUUCAGUCCCCCAAACAGACCGGGUCAUCAUCAGCAUGGCUAUUCCCCACUUCAGUCCCCCAAACAGACUGGGUCAUCAUCAGCAUCGCUCUUCCCCCACUUCAGUCCCCCAAACAGACCGGGUCAUCAUCAGCAUGGCUAUUCCCCCUUUCAGUCCCCCAAACAGACCGGGUCAUCAUCAGCAUGGCUAUUCCCCACUUCAGUCCCCCAAACAGACUGGGUCAUCAUCAGCAUCGCUAUUCCCCCCACUUCAGUCCCCCAAACAGACCGGGUCAUCAUCAGCAUGGCUAUUCCCCACUUCAGUCUCCCAAACAGACCGGGUCAUCAUCAGCAUGGCUAUUCCCCACUUCAGUCCCCCAAACAGACCGGGUCAUCAUCAGCAUGGCUAUUCCCCACUUCAGUCCCCCAAACAGGGGAGAAUGCAAAAAGUUCAGUGUUGCCAAGGCGACCGUGAACAAAGCCAGCAACCCUCUGUAAAAGGCAUGGGAAGUUGUCCAUGCUAAGUUAGCUUAGCGUAGGUCAACAGCAUGUCAGUGGCUCAUUAGGUUCUUAUAACCUAGAAAUAUUAAAAUGUUUAUGUCUCUAGUGAGAGGAAAUAAUUCAAUUAAAAACAACAACAUAUAAGUCUAAUGUUACUCUGAUGUAAUCCUGCUCUUCCUUAAUAACCACUACAGAUAGUCCAGGAAAGUAUUGGUACUGAGAAUGCUAAUUUCCCCCCCAAAUGCUCUGUUUCUGACCUAUCUUAUGAGGGCGGACAGCAGGUGAAGGGGCUCCUCUUUCCUCUCUGGCGCCACAUUCUAUUUUCUCUCCCUUCUCACAGAAGUGUGCACUCCGUCACCCUCCCUUUAAGGGUUGAACAUAUUUGGAUUGGUGUGAAUACAUCCACACCAAUCCAGUGCUUUUUGAAUCCUUUUGUGUGAGUGAUCUAGUACACACUGGGGAAACGGAUCAAGAACCUUAACUGAGCUUGAGUACUGGUUGUCCACAGGCGCAUAUCUAGGAUUCAUUUACCCUUCCUAAACCCUAACCACGUGUGGGGAAGUAAAACACAUUUUCCAAGGAUCCUAGGUCAGUGUCUGUGGGUAACAUCAUCGUACUUCCUUUAACCACUACGGUAUCAGGGCCUUUUCAAUGGAAAUGUUUACUUUUAGACAAAUAUAUCAUUUCUUUUCAAUCAUUUCUUUUCCCUUAUUCUACAUUGUCCAUGUUGAGUUUAGUCUAAUUCAUAAAUGUACUGUUCAUGAUUAUUUAUAUAUGAAUGGUCUUAUGUUGAAUGGAGUUGCCCUUACACUGACCCAAAUGCUACUGAAUGUUAUGAAGGCACUUAUUGUGCUGAAUGAUUCAUAUGAAGGAAGUAAAGAUCAUACCAUUUGACAAUAAAAUAAGUAUAUUCCUGAA